UAGGAAGAGAUACAGGACAUAAUUUGGAGGCAUCCUUAGGUUAACGAACUUUUCAAUCAUAGGAGCGUCGUCGCUAUGCUCCAAGGUCAUGUUCCUUUUACAAGCACCUUCGGGCAUCGCCGUUUUUUCCUUCAUAAACCAUCGCCUCGCGGGGCCUUGACUGUCGUGGCCUACCAAAAGCUUCAGAAACGGUUGAAGUAUGCCGGCACAAGGAAGCGGAACUCGCCGCUAAUCCUUACGGUAGAGCCUGACGGUAGUGACGCCUGGCGAUUGGAACAAAUCGUGGACCUUCUUAAGAAUGGGGCUGUCGGAGUCAUCCCCACGGACACUUUGCCGGCGAUAGUGUGCGACCUACACAAUAAGGAUGCAGUGCAGCGUCUUUAUACAGUGAAAGAGAUGGAUGCAAAGAAGCCCCUCAGCUGUUUGGUGCCCAACUUAUCGGCGGUCACGCAGUACACGACUGGCUUUCCGGCGUCCAACACCCCUGGCUCCCCGAACUGGUUCAAUGUGGUGCGGCGUCUCGUGCCAGGACCGACUAUCCUGGAGGGUGUGGGUGGUGUGCUACUGUGCACAAGUGUACAUGUUCCGGAGGUGCUAUCUGAGGACACAGAGGUGCCGGACGUGGGGUCCAUCCUGGAGGCGUACGGCAACAAGGGCAUCGAUUUUGUAGUGGACGUGGGCCGCCGGGUUGUGGUGGAAAGCAGCGUUGUGGACUUCACGGGCGGCGAUCCAGUGGUGCUGCGUCACGGGCAAGGCGACGUCAGUGUGUUCGAAUGA